AUGCCUUCGCAACGGCAGUUGCGCACCCUUCUCGUGGGUGUGCUAAUUGGUGUCGUUUUCGUUCUUUUCUACACAUCUUCCUUGCGAGCGAACGAGGUCAAGGACGAGCGGACCAUUCAAGAUUUCUACCACAAGACAGUCAAUGGGUUGAAACACAAACAACCGCCGGGUCAGGCGGUGCUAGAAGGGAAUAAGCCCAAGGUAGCUGGCCACGUGCCUGUUGACAAAGAUGCCGAUGGCGACGUUGACGCCGACGACGAGAAGCUUGCCAAGGAUAUGCAAGGACGCCUGAAGGCUGCCGAAGACAAGGCCAAGGAACUUGCCAACAAGAAAUCACCUCUGAAGCCUGAUGCGCCUAGCGACGUUGUCGGAAAGGGCAACUCUGCUGCUGGACAAAAGAAGAAGGAAAAGACGGCCAACGGCAAAGAAGUUACCGAGAGUGACGAAGAGGAGAAGAAGGAUGAGAGCGACGAGGAGCAUGCUGUCGAGGUUGAGCUGAACACCAUCUUGAAGAAGUCCCCAGUCAUCAUCUUUUCCAAGUCUUACUGCCCUUACUCGAAGAAGGCCAAGGCAUUGUUGCUUGAAAAGUACUCGAUCGAACCUACACCAUACGUCGUCGAACUGGAUAAACACCCUCUUGGCCCUCAGCUGCAGGCAUUCCUCGGCGAGAAGACUGGUCGAAAGACUGUCCCCAACAUCUUGGUAAAUAGUGUGAGCAUAGGCGGAGGCGACGAUAUCAUCGAGCUUGACGACCAGAAGAAGUUGGUACCCAGGAUCGUUGAUCUUGGGCAGAAGAAGGUGGAGAUGAAGGAACGGUCUGCCAACAGCCAGAAGAACAACUAG